AUGGCUACGAAUCGCACGCAUCAGCAGCAGAGAGGCGGAAUGAAUCCAUACGGGGUGAUGUAUCCGCAACAGCAUCACAUGCAACCUCAAUCUAUGCGUUCCAAUAUGAUUCCAAACAAUAUGUCAUAUCCCCAGUCCAUGGGCGCUCCUUUAAGUUCUAAUUAUGGUCCGACUGGUAUGUACAAUGCUCCUUCCGCAGCCCCUCACAUUCAGCCUGCUCCUGCUAGAGUUUGCAAUGUAAGCAACGAAGCUCAGAUUGUGUCGAAUUAUCCCACGACGUCUGCGAACAUCGUUUUCAGAAAAUUACCUUUUUUCAAGCUAAAACAUCAAAUUCUCAAGCCGACUGUAUUAGCUGGUAAUACCGGAUUGACGUUGCCGCCAAAUGUGCGAACCUCCGCAUCUCACGAAUUUAAUGUUUCAUUCGUUUUGACUUGUGAUAUGGCUUCAGAUUUAGCCAUGUUUCGUGACGUGACCAAAAAUGAAUACAUCAUGCAGGCUCAGCUUCGAAUUACUGCGACGGAAACUAACCCUACCACUCCUGUAACCGAAUACGAUGAUUUUCUGCCUUAUGGCCUCAUGAUACGAGUUAAUGGCCGACAGUGUAAUACCUUACCG